AUGUCUGACAGUGAGGAUGAUUAUAUGUCAGCUGAUAUUUUAUCAGAAGUUAGUGAUAAACCAGUUGGAAUUGCAAAAUCUCGAGCACAUCAAAGACAAUUAAAUAUUCAUGCAAGAUUUGAGGAAACUCGAACAAUUGAAAAACCAAAACGCCAAACUUUGGCUGAAAAAGAAAAAGAACGUCGAGAAGAAGCGCUGGCAAAACCAAUCAGUCACGAAUCAAAAGGAUUUGCAUUGAUGGCAAAAAUGGGCUUCAAACCUGGAAUGACAUUGGGAAAAAAGAGAGAAACUACAGAAGAACAUGAAGAAAGCGAGCAGAAACGAUUGAAAAUCCCAAUUUCUAUUGAAAUAAAAGAGGGUCGAAAAGGAUUGGGUCAUGAAAAACAAGAAAUCGCUGUGAGAAAUGAAAAAGUUGAGGCGGUUAUGAGAAAAAUGAAAGAACAAGCAGCGAAACAUGAAGAACUCAUUGUUGACUACAAAAUUCGACGAAGACAAGAAAGUACUUUGAAAGAAGUAUUGAAAGAUGUUUGGAGCAGUCGAAAAGUUUGUGAAGAAUUAGAUCAUCGAUUAGGGACCAAAAUACCAAAAAUUGGAUGGUUUUGGAGAAGUUAUGCGGUGAAAACAGAUAUUGAUGAUGAUUGUGAUAAACCUGGAACAAGUAGAAGAUUUGACGAGGAGCAGGAAGACAAAAAGUGGGUUUUUUGAGAUUAUUAGCAAAGAUUGUGAAUAUUUCUGUUUAAAAAUAACUAGAAAGAGUGUCGUUAUAAAUACAAAGUUUUUUAGAAAUGACAAAAAAUGACCGUCCCGAAUGUAACUCACGUUAAAAAAAACUAGAAAUGCUCGAAUGCACAAUUACAUUUUUUAAAUAAUAAAAAAAAGUGCCACGUCAUAAAUAGUUCACGUCUCAUAAAAAUUACAGUAUUUUUUCCAGAUAUAAAUAUUCGAAUGGUCUCGAUGCUCCGGAAGAAAUCGAUUUUACAGCAAUAGAUGAGGAUUCUCUUCGAGAUCGGUUAGUUUUCUUGAUUCUAAAAGAGUUCAAAAAUCUGAAAUUGCAGGCUGGAGCAAAUCACAAAUUAUCUACGAACAGGUCAUUUUUAUUGUGUUUGGUGUGGUUCGUUAUUCGAUUCGCCUGAAGAUUUAGAAGAAAAUUGUCCCGGUGACACAAGGCAUGCACAUCAUGGUCUUGAUUGA